GAGAAAACCUCUCCCAUAUCUAUUGUGCCACUAUGGAACCGGCCGGAAUCCCAACCUAAAAUAAGCCAUCGCAGCGUCGGUCAGCUUCCAAAUCGACUGUAAGUGGCGGAUUAUGAUUUUGCAUGUUCGAUUUUCUGAGUUUUUUUGCGUGGCUCAAGGUUCUAACCUUCUUCUCAUUUUUAUUUUUGGGUUUGAUCGAGGGGAGAAAGAAGUCUCCGGCCUGCGAGGCUCCCCGACGACAGUGCGAGAAGGAAAAAGUCGACGGUCGAACUCUAUUUAUGAAAAAUGAGGCAGUGGUGGCUAGGUUCAGCCAGACUAAUUUUGGUUCGACCGGUCUGUUGGAUUUGGUCGCUUCUGAGCUGGCCGGGUCGUUUCUAACAUUGUGGGCUUGUCUUGGAAUUGGGUCUUGACCGAGCCUUGACCUCGCUUGUGGGCUGACUCUGCUUUUGGUUGGGCUCGCUUAUGGCCUCUAGUCUUGUAGCCUGGGCUUGAACUUAGACUUGAGGCUAGAAUAUGGGCUUGAACUGACUCUGUCUCCACUUUGAUGCAAGUCCAUGGUUGGCUUCAAAAGGGAUGCAAGAAACAUGUAUUGAUUG